AUGAUUACCCUUACUCUAACUUCAUCUCUGAUAACCGAGCUGACUUCUCUAUCCACAAACCACGAAAACAAGACUACCAAUCAUGGCCUGGUUGUGAUUGACUUCUUUGCCACAUGGUGUGACCCAUGCAAAGAAGUUGAACCAGUGGUCGCAAAAUUUCCAGAAACCUAUCCUUCAGUCACAUUUGCUAAAAUUGAUGAAGCCGCAGAUAAGUUCAGUAUCAGUGGUAUGCCCACGUUUCUGUUCAUGAAACGCGGAAAAACGGUCGAUACUGUCUUGGGUGCUAACUUGGUUGCAUUGGAAAACAAAAUUAAAGAACAUUAUGAUCAACAAAUCGGCCAUUCUGGCGCUUUCCCUUUUGUUCUUAAUAAUAAUAAUUACCUUGUACUCUGCAAUCGUAGACCCCCCCAGUUUAGCCGUUGGAGUUCGCUUUAUUGA